GGCCGGCCCAGAAUGCUCCGCGCGCGUUGCCGAUGAAUGAGCGUCUUUUCGGGCCGGCGGGAGGAAGAAGAGUAUCAGAAUUGGUAAGGCUUCUCAUUAAGCUUUCUUUGUGAUAAUUACAGAAUGACUCAAGAUUUUACAGACAAUGGGCUAUAUGUACCCUGAUGAGAUUUUGUGCAUGGAGACAUGCUGCUUGCUAUGGCAUCUGAGACUGAAAAAGCCCAUGCUCUUCUCCAGUUGUUCAGCACAGCAUCUGUUAUUUCAAGUCUAGGACUGGGGAUUUUCUGCUAUUUAGCAGAUAAACUUCUACAAUUUUCUUUCAUUCAGCAAACUUACUGGCUGCGGGCAUUGUCUGAUAAUAUGGUGCAUGGUAUUAUAGGACUGUGGUCAUGGGCAAUAGUGAUUGGACUCAAGAAAAAAAGUGACUUUACAGAAGUAAUUUUAGCUGGCUUCCUCUCCUCCGUGAUUGAUAUGGAUCAUUUUAUUCUAGCUGGCUCCUUUUCACUAAAGGCUGCCCUGACUCUCCCACAAAGACCAUUUCUUCACUGUUCUACUGUGAUUCCAGUUGUGUGCCUGAUGUUAAAGUUCCUUAUGCAUCUUCUCAAGCUGAAGGAUUCCUGGUGCUUUCUUCCCUGGAUGAUGUUUAUCUCCUGGACUUCGCAUCAUGUUCGAGAUGGAAUACGUCAUGGCCUGUGGAUCUGUCCCUUUGGAAAGACUGUUCCCCUGCCUUACUGGCUUUAUGUGGCCGUCACUACAACUUUGCCUCAUCUCUGUUCUUUCCUUUUGUAUUUAACCGGAACAAGAGAAUUAAUGUCAAUAAAACAUGGGAUUCAUAUUGAUGUGUAAAGAUAUUGAAGAUGGUUCUGUUCUGGAUAAUAAUGUUUUCCUGUUUGUUGAAUUAGGUCAAAGUUGAUGAAACAAAGUUGAUUUCCUGCAGUCACUGCUGCACAAGGUAUUGUGUGACCGGUAGGGGACUAUUUAUUGGUAGCUCUUUUUUUAGAUUUUAUUAUCUGUUUUUGUUAAGUAUGUAUAAAUAGCUUCUGGUCCCAAUCAUUGUUUUUCUUGCCUGAACCUAGUGGCUAAAACCCCUUUUAAUAAAUGGAUUCUAGUUUCAGAAAGCAAACAAAAUAUAUUUCUUCUGAUUCGGCAUCUGUUUAACGUUGAGACUAAAGGGCUUACUAUAUAGAAGUUGACGCCCUCUGCUUCCCUUGAAAGAUGAAAAAAAUGGAUAAAAUGCUAUCUGUCUGCGCAUUGCUUAGAUGUUCUCCUGUAACUUCUGCUUUAAGUAUUUGCCAUAUCUAUUGUCAGCUAUAUCUGCACCAUUUUUUAUAUAUGAAUAACAUCACUGAUAAAAAGUUUAAAAUUCAACAUUGCACAUUAUUUAUGAAAAUAUAACAGUUGUGACAUUGCACUUUAUUAAGAGAUGGCAAGAAAUAGGGGCCUUUGGAAUUAAUAUUAGCUCCCUAAAAUCUAUAUUUUGGUAGGUUUGUGCAAAGUAUUCAGAAGAGAUCCUUUGGCAUUAUGUAGGUAUACAAAAGAAGGGAUUUUUAAAAAAGCAGUAUGAAAGCACCCACGUGUUUUGCAAGGCUUGCACAUCAAAAGCUAUCUCUGGGUGUCUAUGUAUGUGGAUGCACAGAUAAUACUAACAGUGGGACCACCAGCAAAGCAAAGUGGCUAGCCAGGCAGAUGCAUGCUGAGAAUAACAGGUUUCAAAGCUGCUGCAUCUAUAUUGCAAAACAGCUGCCUCAGCAGUUUGAAGAAUGGUACUUAUUUGUGUUCUCAUGAAUGACAUAACAUGCAAACUAAUACUGUCUUUUGAAUAUUUUGUACUGGCUUCCUUUAUGCCUCUAAUUUCUUAAGUACAAGUGAGAUGAGAUCAGGUAGAUGAGUGGAGUAUUGUGUAGUAACUGGCAGAGUAUUCCUUUGCCAUUUGCAGAGAGCUUAUUUAAUAUCCAGAAUACUGGAGAGAUGUUCUCAUUUUGAAAUAAUAAUAAAGUUGAAAGGGACCUUGGAGGUCAUCUAGUCCAAUCCCCUGCUCACACAGGAAACCCUAUACCAUUACAGACAAAUGGCUGUCUAGUCUCUUCUUAAAAGCU